CAUCGCCCCAUCCACAGAGCCUUCUCUUUUUUCUCGACACUCUCCUCAACACUCAUCCCGACACAUCCACAUCAACAUGUCCGAAAGCGACUUGAAGAAGACGAUCCAGCAGCUCCACUCGCUGUCGGAGAGCAACCUCAGCAACGCAUCAUCGCUCCUGUCGCGGGCAAAGAUCUCGCUGCUCAAGCUCCACGCCCUCGUGCCCAACACAAACACUUCCCACCAGCACCUCGCCCUCGCCCGUGAGGUCCUCGAGAUUGGCGCCUUCGUCUCAAUCCGUCAAAGAGAUCCCGAGUCCUUCACACGCUACUUCCAGCAACUCCAGCCAUUCUACUCAUUACCCCAUGAACGAUGGGGCUCGCACGACAAGCACGGAAACCAGAGCAAGAUCACCGGUCUCUAUCUACUACUUCUGUUGAGCCAAGGAGAUUAUGCUGCCUUCCACACCGUCAUCGAGGGUCUUGAGAUGGCCUUUGGCGGCAGAAAGCGCUUGGAUGAGGAUGCCUUCAUCCAAUACCCCAUGAGACUGGAGCAGGCUUUGAUGGAGGGCAGCUACGACCGCGUUUGGGGCGAGACCAAGGGAGAGAGAGUUCCCAGUCCCGAGUUCGCCGUCUUCUCAGAGGUUCUCGUCAACACCAUCCGCUCCGAAAUCGCCUCAUGCAGCGAGCGCGCAUACCCCUCCCUUCCCAUCUCCAACGCAAAGAACCUCCUCUUCCUCGAAUCCGAAGGCGCCGUCAUCCAGUUCGCCCAAUCGCGUGGCUGGGUUGCCAAGGAGGGUCGUAUUUACUUCCCUGCUCAGCAAGAAGAAUUGGCACAGGGCGAAAAGGACAUUCUCUCGACGAGCGACAAGGUUAUCGAGAACACGCUGGAAUACGCCAGAAAGCUCGAAACUAUUGUCUAAGCAUAUUUGCUGGACGUUGCAACUUGUAGUAUAGAUAUGAGCAUGGCUGGUAGCGGGUGUUUGGCAGGUGGGCUCGCAUCGGGCUAUUAUGGCUUUCAUGUUUCAUUCGAGACUCUUCAGAUAUUCUCGAAUGAGGCCACGACUUUUUACACUUUCAUCUGUCAUUCACUGACAAUCCUGUUGAAAUCACCUUCCAAGCACUCUAAUCAUAUCUCGUUCUCUCGAUCCAUAACAUGCACGGCUGAUUUGUCCAUCACUCCUAUGUUAGAUGAUUACUUGACAGAGCUGGAUAAAUGAUGGCACAUGAGCUUUUACCACAAUUAGCUAAAGCAGGUCCCGAACUUGAUAUCACCAUAGCACUAUUGAG